CUUGGUGGGGUUCCUAUUCCCGGUAAUUUGUAUACUUCCCCUCCAGAAAUUCUCACUAUGCCGAUCUCAACCAUAUUGACAUAGGUUUUUCCACUGCGAGUCGAUUCCAGUUAUACAUAUUGCUGAUCCAGGAUUUUGUAAAGUUUGGGUUUCAAUCGUCGAUGAAAUCAAUUCUCUGAUCUCCAGUUCUUCAAAAUGUCCGGGACUCCAGAAACCUUAUUCAUAGGUCGAGCUUCGUCGCCGACCGCUAGCGUAGCCACCGCAUCCGCCGCCGGCAAUCACUUUAUUUCCCGAUGGUACAGCUCCUCCGCCAAUGCGUGCCGUGGUUUCUGGCACGACGCUGCUUUGAUUGUACCUUCGAUUCUGUUUAUACUGUACCUAGGGUUUCAUGCAAAGAGGAAUAUAAAGAAGCUUAGGAACCGUGGGUCUUAUGUAAUGAUUGCAUAUUAUGCUCUAUUGUGGUUUGCUACUCUGGUAAACUUUGCCUGGUCAUCCCUGCAGGCAUGGCAGUGCGCUCCUGGAAAGGAUGUUGCUUGGAAUCUUUUGUCAUUGUUGGCAGCCUCUGGAAUGUUAUGUUUAGAGAUUAGUCUAAUGUCCUUCUUACUUCACGAGAAUUAUGCCACUGGAUUGGAAACUUUAACACGCACUUUCUUUGUGUCUGGCCUUUUCGUUGGCGUGGAUGUUCUAUUAAAGGUAAUUCUUGUAUUUGGAUUUAGGAUUCCACUUUUCGUUGAUGUUGGAUCAGCAAAUGGAGGAAAAUGGGCCAUAUGGUUUACCUAUAGGCUUCUGCUAACUGCAGCUUAUGGGUACAUAUAUUUUGUGCACUUCUCGAAGUGGAGAGAUAAUCUGCCUCCAAGGCCAGCCUUCUACAACUAUGUCAUAGUUAUGUUCGCAACUAAUGUGGCAGUAUUGUUUGCUUGUGGGCUUGGUGUAUUUGGGAUCGGCUUUGGUUCCUGGUUAUAUGAUUUGAGCGUUAUCUGCUAUCACUCUCUGUAUCUUCCCUUUAUCUAUGCUACGUUUUUGGCCGACUUCUUUCAGGAAGAAGAUUGGCUUCUGGAUGAAGCAUACUAUUCAGAGAUGAAGGAUGCUGGAUUCUUUGAUGCUGAUUGGGAUUAGGAUAUUGCAACUCGUAUAUAUAUAAUAAUAUAUACUCCGUAGUAUAAUUGUGAAUAUUAUUAUCUAUUGGAGAGAAAUGGGCACAACCCCCCUAGUCUGGGAAGGCCUUUUCUGUACGUAGAAUGACCAUUCGAUGUUGCAAAAUAUAUCAACUGUAAAUCACUGUUAUGAUUUCAAUAAUAAGUCCCAUAUGCGAAUGCCAAA